AUGAUUUCUCCUGGUUCGGUUGAUGCUCCACAUUAUGAUUCAAUGAACAACCGUAAAUUAAGCAACAGUUUGAUAUUACCAUUUGUGAAUUUAUUCAAAUAUGUCAUCUUUGAUGUGGCAUUUCUCACGAUCGCAUUUCUCUUGUCCAUGGGAAAUGUAUUAAGUAAAGAUCCGUAUAUGGGUCGAAAUUAUCAAAUACCAUAUCAUUACAUCGCUUAUUUCAUACUGGGUUUUCUUCUCACAUAUAAAUGUUUGACAAGAAUUUCCAAUCAUUCCCAUGUUUAUCGUCAUUUCAUUAUCGCUUGUGCAAUUUUUCUUCUAGUAUUCACUUUCAUCUUCUUACAAAUGACAUACAAUGAUCAAAAUUUGAGUUUACUUAUUCGCACAUUUCUAUCGGCUGGUAGUGGUAUCUUUUUCGUCAAUCUGUAUUCGCUACACGUAUACUAUGAAAACAAAGCUUGUGAAAAUUAA